AUGAGCUUGACUGAAGACCUUGCUAAACUUGAGACCGAUUUAUUAAAAUUAAAGAGACUUCAGUUACAGAGACACCAUUUUGAGGCCUGCCUAGCUAAGAAAAUUGUACCGAGAGGCCUGAGGAUCUUGAAAAUGCCUACUACAGGUAACAAGUUUCCAGAACUGUUGUGUCAAUGGCAGAAGCUAAAUCUAGAACUCAGCUUCAAUUAUAUGAGACUGUUGAUUAACUUUUUUACCCCUGAAGAGGAAACUCUUAGAGAUGGAGCUAAUACACUGCAGCUACCUGACAACAGGACAGCUUUGCCUGGGAGACAUGAAACUAAUGUUUUGCCUGCUACAACUGAGAGCGUGUUGGUUGAUACCUGUACUGAUAAUGUUUUAUUGAAUGAUGUCAUAGAUAGUCAUGUUUCCAAUGACAAUGGUGUUGGUCUUGUUACAUCUAAUACUCCUAUAGCUACUAAUGCAGUUAACAUUGGUGAGAACUCUAAGCUGGAUAAUUUGGCAACUGACAAGGUGAAUAGUGAAGUAAUGCGUAGGAAGAUUACUGGUCAGCAUGAAGGCACAUUAAGUACAAAUAAAGCAAGAGAGCAUGAAGACACAUUAAGUACAAAUAAAGCAAGAGAUCCUGAAGGCACAUUAAGUAUAAAUAAAGCAAGAGAGCAUGAAGGCACAUUAAGCAUAAAUAAAGCAAGAGAGCAUGAAGGCACAUUAAGUAUAAAUAAAGCAAGAGAGCAUAAAGGCCCAUUAAGUAUAAAUAAAUCAAGAGAGCAUGAAGGCACAUUAAGUAUAAAUAAAGCAAGAGAGCCUGAAGGCACAUUAAGUACAAAUAAAGCAAGAGAGCAUGAUGGCACAUUAAGUAUAAAUAAAGCAAGAGAGCAUGAAGGCACAUUAAGUAUAAAUAAAGCAAGAGAGCAUGAAGGCACAUUAAGUACAAAUAAAGCAAGAGGGCAUGAAGGCACAUUAAGUAUAAAUAAAGCAAGAGAGCAUGAAGGCACAUUAAGUAUAAAUAAAGCAAGAGAGCAUGAAGGCACAUUAAGUACAAAUAAAGCAAGAGAGCAUGAAGGCACAUUAAAUACAAAUAAAGCAAGAGAGCAUAAAGGCACAUUAAGUAUAAAUAAAGCAAGAGAGCAUGAAGGCACAUUAAGUAUAAAUAAAGCAAGAGAGCAUGAAGGCACAUUAAGUAUAAAUAAAGCAAGAGAGCAUGAAGGCACAUUAAGUAUAGAUAAAGCAAGAGAGCAUAAAGGCACAUUAAGUACAAAUAAAGCAAGAGAGCAUGAAGGCACAUUAAAUACAAAUAAAGCAAGAGAGCAUGAAGGCACAUUAAGUAUAAAUAAAACAAGAGAGCCUGAAGGCACAUUAAGUACAAAUAAAGCAAGAGAGCAUGAUGGCACAUUAAAUACAAAUAAAGCAAGAGAGCAUGAAGGCACAUUAAGUAUAAAUAAAACAAGAGAGCCUGAAGGCACAUUAAGUACAAAUAAAGCAAGAGAGCAUGAUGGCACAUUAAGUACAAAUAAAGCAAGAGAGCAUGAAGGCACAUUAAAUACAAAUAAAGCAAGCGAGCAUGAAGGCACAUUAAGUAUAAAUAAAACAAGAGAGCCUGAAGGCACAUUAAGUACAAAUAAAGCAAGAGAGCAUGAUGGCACAUUAAGUAUAAAUAAAGCAAGAGAGCAUAAAGGCCCAUUAAGUACAAAUAAAGCAAGAGAGCAUGAAGGCACAUUAAGUAUAAAUAAAGCAAGAGAACAUGAAAGCACAUUAAGUAUAAAUAGAGCAAGAGAGCAUGAAGGCACAUUGAGUACAAACAAAGCAAGAGAGCAUGAAGGCACAUUAAGUAUAAAUAAAGCAAGAGAGCAUGAAGGCACAUUAAGUAUAACUAAAUCAAGAGAGCAUGAAGGCACAUUAAGUAUAAAUAAAGCAAGAGAGCCUGAAUGCACAUUAAGUAUAAAUAAAGCAAAAGAGCGUGAAGGCACAUUAAGUAUAAAUAAAGCAAGAGAGCCUGAAGGCACAUUAAGUAUAAAUAAAGCAAGAGAGCAUGAAGGCACAUUAAGUAUAAAUAAAGCAAGAGAGCCUGAAGGCACAUUAAGUAUAAAUAAAGCAAGAGAGCAUGAAGGCACAUUAAGUACAAAUAAAGCAAGAGAGCAUAAAGGCACAUUAACUACAAAUAAAGCAAGAGAGCAUGAAGGCACAUUAAGUAUAAAUAAAGCAAGAGAGCAUGAAGGCACAUUAAGUAUAAAUAAAGCAGGAGAGCAUGAAGGCACAUUAAGUAUAAAUAAAGCAAGAGAGCAUGAAGGCACAUUAAGUAUAAAUAAAGCAAGAGAGCAUGAAGGCCCAUUAAGAGUAAAUAAAGCAAGAUACUGCAUUUUUGAAUGA